AUGCCUACCGAGUAUACAGCCGUCGACGUCGACCCAAACACUCCACCGCCUUACAUGGAUCCAACAAACAGUAUCGCUAAGAAGAAAAGCAUGAUUCAACACAAGAAAUCCAUGGACCACACUGGAAAACGAUGUGAGCACUGUGGUCAAUUUGCACAACAACAACCAGGUGAGGACACAUGUGGAAGAGUGGUGAUCUGGCCCGCUCCCCGUCCACAUGAUCAUAUACGACCGGACAACACAAAAUUCAUCGGCUACGUUAUUCUAAUUGCCGUUGUGAUUUUCCUUCUGUUCGCCGCUUGCAAAUAUCUGCCAUGA